CCAGUAUGUUCACAAGACCAAAACAGAUGGAAGAGUCUGAUGGUGCGUGUUAAAAAAGACGCAGGCUGACACAGGAGUUGUGUAUUUGUAUAAAUCCUUACAAUGACGUAACCACAGCUUAACCAGUGACCUAUACGACCCAAAUGUUGUCUUGUGGUGUUACCUCUUUAUAUACAGUCUAUGGGUGUUACUGCUGCCUGAGAGCCUGAACUCAGGGCCUACGAUUGCUGACACUUAGCAACGGUUGCUACAACUGAAGCGGCCGGGCCUGUGUUGUUUAUGCUCAGAGUUCCUCAGGCUUUUAAAACUCCGCGACAACAGAUGGAUUCUGAAAACACAGAGUCAGAACUGGCCAAACUGCAGAGGCAGUUCAGGAUCAUGGAAGGAGAUCGCCAGGCCUACAGCAUCCAGGCCCGGGAGCAGAUCCGCAAACAGCAGCUGGAGAUGGAUAGGCUGCGGAAGGAGCAGGAGGAGCUGCAUCGAAACCUCUGCGUAUGUAAGAGCUCGUCCCACCAACAGCAGGACAGUGAGGACACCCAGCAACUACAAGCUCUGCUGGAGCAGGGAGACAUGCUGGAGGAGGAGCUGAGAAAAGAAAAGCAGUGUCAGAAAGACUUAAAACGAGAGAUCUCAGACAUGGAGAUGAAGCUGUCUGAGCUGAGAAAAGGGGAGUUCAGAUCCAGUGACACACAAGUGUCAGAGGUACAGCGGACUCAGAAGGCCAUACAGACGCUGGAAUACAAACUGGACAGAGCUUUGACUCGCUUCAAUGAACAAUUGUCCAAAAACAGCCACCUGAGAGAGGAGCUGCAAACGCUUUGCGUCGAGCGUGUGCGUUUUCAGCAGCUACACAACAGGCUGGACAAGGAGCUACAGGAGAUCCGCAAGAAGAUUGGAGAAAUGAUCAACCUGUCCACUGCUGCUUAUGAUGCCAGGGUGGAGGCUCAGUCCAAAAUGACCAUGAUGAGGGAGAAGGCAGUGAAGGACCUUGCCCAGUACAACACUGAGAUGAAGGAAUUGGAGAGAGUUAUUGCACAUGAGCAAAUCCUGAAGGAGUUUAUGACCAUCAAGUGCAGCGAGAGGAGCGGGCAGGACAACGUCCCCGAGAUGGGACACAGACAAUUGUCUGAGGUGAAGGAGCAGCAGAGGAUGGACUCGGAGGAAGAGUCUCUGGACGUUCUCGAGGAGGUUUUCGAGAGGAUUCAGACAGUGACAGGAGAGGACAACCUGGACAUGCUGGUCACCAGGUUCAUUCAGGGUGAAGACCGCAACUUUGCCCUCUUCAAUGUUGUUAAUGAGCAAAAUAAUGAGGCUGAAGCUCUGACGGAUCAAAUCAAGAAGAUCCAAGAGGAGAUGGAGAACUUUCGAGUGAAAGGUUUGCAGCAGGAGCACGAUCACCGCUCUUUGCUGAGAGACAUCGAUGAACAACAAAAGAAAACUGAAUCCCGAACUGACGAGUAUGAAAACCAGGCCAGCAUCAUAAGCAACAUCCUGGACAAGAGUAAAGCAGGAGUGAGCAGCACCUUCUCCACAAUGGAGUGUGACCGCUCGGUGAUCGAGGACAUGCUUGGCUCCUCCACAGGGAUCAGUGAGAACAACAUCAUGUCCUAUCUGGGCCUGGUGGAACGGAAGACUAAUGAGCUGCUCACCAUACAAGCUUUCCUCAAUUCUAAGGAUCUAGAGAAGGACUACAAUCCAAAAGACCUGGCCAAAUUUCUUCUGGGUCAGGAUCCAGAGCUGCUUCAGCAGAAUACCAGUCUCCAGCAGACAGUCAACAGUGUCGAGCACGAUACAGAAGAUUCUCUUGUGGCCCAUGAGGAAGAACGGCCCCUCUCACAGGGGGAACUCCGCAGAAUAAUGGGAUACAGCAGAAACAGAGAUCAGUCAAGCAAGCAGCGACCAAAGCCUCGAAGACCAGGCAGCAGUUCGGAGAUUGGCGGCGCUCUGUUGCAGAAGCACUGAUCUGACACGGCCCCGUUCAGACCAGGUAUUAACAUCCGCCCUGAGGGAUCCAAUCACAGAGCUCAGAGUAAAGUACAUGUGGUCACACCUGACAUUAGAAUAUGUCCUGAAUGUUUCUCUAGUGACCACUUCUGAUCGGAUUUCUCAGGACAGAUGUUGACAACAGGACUGAACAGGGUCACAGGGACCUGAUCAGUACAGUUAAUGUGGAUCCGCAUUAUCUGCAUCUGAAGGGCCUUUUUCAUUAUUUACCUUAAACAAUGGAGGGUGAAGUACUGCAGCUUCCAACAUUAAAAGCUUAAUUAUAUUACAUGUAAUUCACCUUUUUCAUGAGAAACCACUCACAUUUCCUGCUAUAUACACACACACUGAUGUGAUUUGUUAAGCUGGAGCUAAUUAGUUUUGGAGCAAUAAAAAUGCCCCUUUUCAGACUCUGGUAGCCAGCUGUUCUUUUGAUGUGUGACUUGCCAUCUGGCUUUGACUACAGUCUGGUCUGAGUGCAGCCUGGCUCACUGGCAGGGCUUCAUUACAUGGUACUCGCUGCAGUGCUCAAACUGAACGGUUGGGGGCAGCAGAAGCUUUUGUAAUUCCAAUUGGCUUGCGCCCUCGACUCAAAGUUUCCAAAAAGGAGAUGAGGAGCUAUUGUCACAUUUUGUUAUGAUUAUUCUGACUAAUAACACAAAUGUAUUAUUUGGUUUCAUAUGACAUUCUCAUUAAACCGACUUUGUUCAUUUACACCACAACCACUAACACCAGUGUGUCCACCAGUUAGUGUACAUGCUCACAGAUUCUCAUAUCAUCUUCAUGUGUAGCAGUAAUGUCUGUAGCAUUUUAAAUGUCAUCUUAUCCAAACAUCCUGAAGUGAACCUGUGUUGGGGCAAAGAUGGUGUUCACCGCAGCAGAGAGCAACUUCCUCUGAAAUCCAGGACCGGGAACUUAUUAUAAGAAACAGCAGCUUAGUAACAAUUAACAAAGUGUGUGACUAUAUUUAGGCUUUAAAGGUCACGAUGGUGCCUGGUUCUUAUCAAGGGAGGGGGGCGAUUCAACAGAAGUGUAUUUGUCAAAAUAAGGUCAUCAUGUUAAUUAUCCAACUGGAGUGGAGUGGAUUUAAUUAGUAUGUUUGUUGAACUUUUCUUUUGAAUAUGGUUUUGGCAGCUGCAAUUUGAGGAAGUGAGACUGCUACUGUGUAAACACACAUCAACCAAUGGCUUCGAGUUA